UUUAAUUCGAGUCAUCAGAACAAAAUUGAUAAAAUAAAUCAUGACAUAUUUCCAUCAAUCAAGUUUGCUUCUAAAUUACAGUUCUCAAGUUGCCUUCUAUCGCUCCUUUCUACUGCUAGAUGCUCUUGAAAGCUAUAAAUAAUAUAUGCAAACAAAACAAAGCCAAACAUCAUGCUCAUCCAGUUCAACAAACCUCAUCUAACUAAUACUACUAAAGUCGUAGACGCCCGCACCUCCGACUCUCCUCACAUUUUACUGUACUGAGCACAGUAAACAGCCACCGCCCCACAUCUGACGGAAAAAGGAUACCUCCGACUUCCCUUAGAUUUCAGGGCUGCAGAAAAAAAGAAAGAAAAAGAAAUGUCCAGAUCUAUCCCUCAACAUAUUCUCAGCACCGUCGAUACUACGCCUCCGCCUGGGGCAUCCGUCGCCACUUCACAUGGCGACUCCGCCACCGCUCCGCCCGGGGACUCCGCCACCUCUCCAUCCCCUACCAUCGCCGCCCUACACCCCGCGCGUGGCCACAGGUUCCUGCGCCCGCAGCCUGCGCACCACGCCGCCGCCGCCCUCGGCCUAUCCUGCAGCACGGGUUGCGCGCCACGCCGCCCUCGGUCUCCCGCAGCACAGGCCGUGCGCCACGCCGCCACUGCCCUCGGCCUCUCCCGCAGCACGGGCCGUGCGCCACGCUUCGCCAACGGAGGUAACCAUGUAUCGGGUAUUGGUUUCAUGGUCUCUGAGCAACUCCGAAAGAUAAUGGUGCCGCCUUCUAUGCGGGCUAUAUCUUCAGUUCUACAUGCAAUCAAAUGUGUCUAAUAGUGCGUACUCCUUUUGUAACAAUUCUUUAUGAAUAUUUUGCUUUUAAGUUUUACCACAACUCCAAAUAGGUCAAUAGCCAACAGUUCUCUAUAAAUUCUAAUGACAUCCCAUGUACUACAUUUGGUAGCAAUGAUCACAUCCACUCCAUCUGCUGUAGUUUAUUUUCUACACUACCUAAAAGACCUGCCCUAAUAAUUUCAAUCAGUUCUUGCAA